AACAUUGGAAUUGGAGUUAGCGCGCAGGGGUGGUCUUUAGUAUCUGUAGUUCGGACGUUCGGCGAGAAAAACCAAGAGAUCUUGCACAGACGGAGUUGCAGAGGCUUCGAAGCCCAACCGCAUCCACAGUCUUUUGGGUAUCGAAUCCGCUACUGAAGCUAACAUCUUGCUGUGGAAGCUAAUAAAUCGGUUUAGGGUUUUCGACACGAUGAGCGGAUUCGGAUUAUUUAUUUUAACUCUAGGGCUUCUCUCCUCUGUCGCUCAAUCCCUCCGUUUUGACCUUCAGUCUGGUCACACCAAAUGCAUCUCGGAAGAUAUAAAGAGCAACUCUAUGACUGUUGGGAAGUACAGCGUUGUUAAUUUGAACGAGGGGUACCCGUUGCCCGAUUCGCAUAAGGUCACUGUGAGGGUUACCUCCUCUUACGGCAACAAUUAUCACUAUGGAGAACUUGUGGAGUCUGGACAAUUUGCUUUCACUGCUGCUGAGUCUGGUGACUACAUGGCUUGUUUCUGGGUUCCUGAGCAGAAGCCACCAGUCAAGUUGACGGUUGAUUUCGAUUGGAAGAGUGGUGUUGCUGCGAAGGACUGGUCGAAUGUUGCUAAGAAAGGGCAAAUCGAUGUCAUGGAGCUGGAGCUGAAGAAGUUGUUCGACACUGUAUCAUCCAUUCAUGAAGAAAUGUUUUAUCUCCGUGAAAGGGAGGAAGAAAUGCAGGAACUUAAUAUAAAAACCAAUUCCAGAAUGGCCUGGUUGAGCUUUCUUUCAUUGUUAGUAUGCUUGUCAGUGGCAGGCUUGCAGCUAUGGCAUUUGAAGACGUUUUUUGAGAGGAAGAAGCUCCUGUAGUUCUUUCUUAGAAUAUUUCUUUUGCUUCUGUAAUUUUCCCCCAACAAUAAUGUAUUUAAGAGAAAUUACAUGAACAGGCCAGAGAAAAUAGACACUUAACUUAUUAAUGUAGUUUAUCACUUCGAUU